AUGAUGCAAUCAGAUGAACCAGUUUUAUACGAUAGUUCACAUCCUCUUUUCUCCGAUCCACACUUUAACCGGUCACUUCUGAUCUCUCUAUUCUCGUCAGAUGAUGCAGCACGAAUUGUACAGUCUGAGCGGUGUACUUCUGAUGAAAUAGAGCAGCGAAUACAAUGUUUCUCUGAGUUGCCUGAGGAACAUUAUGCUGUGCCCCGGGGUAACACAGUAGACAUGCGAUGUACUGUGCUCAACCAGUUCGGGAAGGUACAAUGGAGUGCAAAGAAGAUCCUACUUGGCCGCGAUAGUGUCGGUAUAGCUUAA